GGGCCCCCUCCCGCGAUGUCGUCCUCGUCUCAGCCAUCAUCACCGUCAGCCUUAGCGUCACCAUCGUCCUGUGCGGCAUCUGCCAGUGGUGCCAGCGCAGACUGGGAAAACGGUACAAGACAUCCCUGGAGACCGUGGGCACCCCAGAUUCCAGCCGAGGCCGCAGCGAGAAGAAAACCAUCAACGAUCUAGACAGAGACUUUUGGAAUAACAAUGACAACACAGUGCAGCAGAAAUGGAGCUCGUACCCUCCCAAGGAGUUUAUUCUAAACAUUUCACCUUACGCCCCGUACGGUGACCCGCGCCUUUCCCUCAAUGGCUCUCUGUUAUCAGGGGCUAAGCUGACGGCGUCGGCCACCGCAGGCUUGGCCGGGGACCGCGACGGCCGCCCCGGGGACAAGCAGCAGUGCGCCGAGGAUGGCAUGAGGAGCAGCGUCUCUGCGCACAGCGAGCCCGGCGCAGGGAAGGCAGCGAGGGGCCGCUGGCACACGGUGCAGAGCCACUUGGCCGCAGGGAAGCUCAGCCUGUCCAAUUUCGAGGACUCCACCCUGUCCACAGCCACUACCCUUGAGUAUAUCCCCACCUCAGCAGGCGACCCCAAAUGCCAGAGGCCCCGCACGCUCAUGCGCCAGCAAAGCCUGCAGCAGCCCCUCAGCCAGCACCAGCGCAGCAACCACAGCCAGCCGACCACCAGCCAGAGCCUGGGCCACCUCCAGGCCCACAGCAGCUCGUCCGGCGGCGCCGGCAACCCCCGGGGCUCCCGCGGUGGCCAAGUGCGCCAGGGCAUCGCUGCGGGCUCCAAACAGCGCACGAGCCGCUCCAACCCCGGCAGCUGGGACCACGUGGUGGGGCAAAUCCGCAACCGUGGCUUGGACAUGAAGUCCUUCCUGGAAGGCCGGAUGGUGGUGUUAUCCCUGGUUUUGGGACUCUCAGAGCAAGAUGACUUUGCCAAUAUCCCCGACCUGCAACCCGCUGGGACGCAGCCGAACCAGCCGAACGCUCAGGGGGACAAGAGGUUGCCAGCCGGCGGCAAGGCGGUGAACACGGCGCCUGUGCCCGGGCAGACACAGCAGGAUGAGUCCGAUCGCAAGACGGAGCCGCGCUCCUCUGUCUCCGACCUCGUGAACUCCCUGACCAGCGAGAUGCUUAUGCUUUCGCCGGGCUCCGAGGAUGACGAAGGCCACGACGGCUCCAGCCGGGAGAACCUGGGCCGCAUCCAGUUCAGCGUGGGCUACAACUUCCAGGAGUCCACCCUGACCGUCAAGAUCAUGAAGGCACAGGAGCUGCCGGCCAAGGACUUCAGUGGCACCAGUGACCCCUUCGUCAAGAUCUACCUGCUACCUGACAAGAAGCACAAGCUGGAGACCAAGGUGAAGCGGAAGAACCUCAACCCGCACUGGAACGAGACUUUCCUCUUUGAAGGGUUCCCCUACGAGAAGGUGGUGCAGCGGGUGCUGUACCUUCAGGUCCUGGACUACGACCGCUUCAGCCGUAACGACCCCAUCGGGGAGGUGUCCAUCCCCCUCAACAAGGUGGACCUCACCCAGAUGCAGACCUUCUGGAAGGACCUGAAGCCCUGCAGCGACGGCAGCGGCAGCCGAGGGGAGCUGCUGCUGUCACUGUGCUACAACCCCUCCGCCAACUCCAUUGUGGUGAACAUCAUCAAGGCACGGAAUCUCAAAGCCAUGGACAUUGGGGGCACGUCAGAUCCCUACGUGAAGGUGUGGCUGAUGUACAAGGACAAGCGGGUGGAGAAGAAGAAGACGGUGGUGAUGAAGCGGUGCUUGAACCCCGUCUUCAAUGAGUCCUUCUCCUUUGACAUCCCCACGGAGCGACUGCGCGAGACUACCAUCGUCAUCACGGUCAUGGACAAGGACAGGCUGAGCCGCAACGAUGUCAUCGGCAAGAUCUACCUGUCCUGGAAGAGCGGCCCUGGCGAGGUGAAGCACUGGAAGGACAUGAUCGCGCGGCCCCGGCAGGCGGUGGCACAGUGGCACCAGCUGAAAGCCUGAGCCUCCGGCAUUGGGGAAGGUGCUGGGGACGGCACUGGGGACAUCCCUGUCCUCGUCCCCUCUGCAGGACAGGACUUGAGCGAGUGCUUCCAGCCACAGUCCCCAGAGCCCUCACCCCAGUGUCACCCCACAUUUUUGGAGGCUGCUGGGGAAAGGGGGGGGUGGGUCCAAGCUCCCCCCACUUCCUACUCAAUACAACCUCUCCUAGCCGCCAGCGUCACCCUAUCAGGAUGAUGUCCCCAUGCCCUGCCCCGUCCCCACCCUGGGGACACCCGAGGGAUCGGAAGCCAUGCCGCGGUUCGUUUGCCAAAGCGGGCGCAUUCAUCACUGCCUCUGGUGGGGUUCGCUGCUUUACCUCCCUCCUGGCUCGUCCCCUGCCCUCUCGCACCGUGCCACCAUGUCCCCCCCCCCCCCCAGCCCCGGGGUGACACGCACCACCUCCCUCGUGGGCACCGCGUGAGGAUGGAGCGGUGCCAUCAUUGCCAUCCCCGUUGUCCUUGUCCCCACGGGUGGCUUCGGGGGCUGGCACCCAGCAGGCACAGAGCCAGCAGUGUCCCUAAAGUCCCUGCCCCUCCCCGCUGUCACCGUGAUGGGCAUCCCCAGUGCCGGGUACCGGUGGCGGGGGUGACACGGGACCACGGAUGACGCUGCUUGGUGUCCCUCCAAGGGCUCCCUGCUCUGCUGGGCGUCAGGGAUGUGGCGGUCCGCAGAUGUCCCCAGGGUGCCUUGGGUACAUCACCAAGCUCUCUGGCGGGAUGCAGGCCACCCCUGCCCGCCUGGGGACGCCACGGGGACUCUGCACCCCAGUCUUCCUGCCGCCACCGCAGUGGCACCUGGCACGUGUCCCCACGGAUGGCACAUCCCCACGGUCGGGACAUCCCCCAGGACGGGGCGUCCUCAUGGUUGGGUCACGCCUGUGAGUGUCGAUGGCUGUGUCCCAGCCACUGAGGUUCAUUCAUCGCACGGGGGGACCCUGUGCCAAACCCAAGGAGCAGCCAUCACAGGGGACCUUGGGGACACGGUGGCACCGUCCCCAUUCCGCCGCCAGCGAGUCCACCAGAGAGCCCCACGAGACCAUUCUGGACAAUCUGGAGCAAAGUCAUAAUUCUGCUACGACAGUAAUAAUAACGAAUAAUAAUAAUAAUAAUGAUGAUGAUGACAA